UACACCACACCAGAACCUAUGUUGUUUGAUCGGAGUGACCGUUCGCUGACAUGUUGUACCGGUCAUUUGUGUCCAGGGCGUGUGGUCAGACCGGACAAUGCAUUAUCCCGGCCAACAUGUAACACGACUUUUCACUCCUGUGGUAAGACUUCCACCAGAGCGAAGACAUAUCUAUAAUUAACGUAUUGCUGCAAAAAUAUACAAAACGGAUCAAAUGAUUAUAGGAAGUCUUAAGUGACUUAUUGUACACGAAAAUAUUUACACACGAUGACAUCUGAAAUUAUUUACCUGAUAUUUAUAUUUAUAACAUUAUCUGAAGGAGGAGAGAUUUUGACAACUUGUGAUUUGGUAGGGUUGAAUUUAUGCGCCUGGAAACUUGGACAGAAUAUCAGCCGGGAAUAUAAUGGAGAAUUAUCCGCAAUGCCAUCCCCAGAACAGGUAGCCCUACUCUGCAGAUUCAGGCCCGAGUACAAGUUGUGUUAUCAGGGGAAGCUAGCGGCGUGCAGUCUCAAUCUAGUUUACCUAGCUACCCUGGGGACUACCCAAACCACCGCCGACUUCCUCUGUGGGGAGGGAUACAGAGAUCUCAUGCGACAUAACGCAUGCUGGGAAAAACCAUUGGUUCUUAAUACGACCAACCAGUGCAACAAAGACUACGCAACCAGUGCACAAAGUCUCCUGAACAAGAACAAAAAUCCCGAAAUGUCAAGUGCAGAAACAGAAACGUGGUGCAGCAUUAUAAACACCUCUAACACCUGUAUGUAUGACACCGUCCUGGAGAACUGUGACGUGGACGCUGCCACAUUUGUCCUGAAGAUGAUGCAAAAGGCGAUGACAAAAUUAGUGUCCUUUCUCAAAUGCCAAGGAGUUGAGAGUUUUCAUAAUAUCUCGGAUUUAUCAAGCGUCGAUGGACAAAGUCCGUCAUCCCCUGAGACAAUGACCAACAUUUCUAACCUGAAUGUCCCCGGGGAAAUACAACUUGGAUAUGAUAAUAAUGGUGCAAGAAUAUCAUCUUUAACUUUGACAGGAAAAAUUAUCACUAUUAUGCUGAUAAUAAACUUCUCUGAGAACGACCACGGGGACAUGUGA